GCAAAUUCCAGAAGCUUUCCCCCUCCCCCUCCCAGCCUCUCCUCUCCCAGUCGCAGUGACAGACACCCCUUCAGUCGACCUUCCGUCCAGCCCAUCCAGUCCCCGUCUUUUCUGUCCGUUACCUCCGUCGUCCUGCUUUACUAUAAGAGCGGAGGCCGCGAAAAGCAAAGCAUUCUCAGAGACCAAGAGCGUGAAGUGAACGAAUUUGGGUCGCAGCUCGCCGUGUGCUCGAACUCCCCAACUUCCCUUCCCCUCUCAACGGUCGAGGAGAUCACCUCCGCACGCCACCCUUGUGCGAGGUUUUUUCCAUCAAGCAGGCUUCACCAAGCCAGCUUCUUCAUCGAGCAAGCUUCGUCGUUGCCUCUACAAGAAUGAGUUUCAUCGAGAAGGUCUGGACGGAGGUCAUGGGAAGCUCCCCGCAGCUCCCCUCCUCCAUGGACAAGAGCAUCGCCACUUCCCCGCGAAGCUCGCUGGAGCGUUACGACAGCGCGGGAAGCCCGCUUUCACCGUCGACUGAAGGCGGAUAUCAUGGGAUUCCGUCGUUGAAUCUUGACGAGCGGCGGAGGAGCGCGGACAUGGCAUCUGACGGGCGGACGGUGAUGCCAAGAAUCACCAAGAGCAUCUCCAUCGCUCCGCAACCGCCACAGAUGGCUCGCAGGCUCGACACGUCCCGCUCACUGCCUGCUCACUACGACACCGGCCUCUCGAACUUGCCUUCUCCUGCGUCCCGCAAGGGAGAGAACGUGUGGCGCAGUGUGUUUCACCCGGGGAGUAACAAGGCUGGGAUGGACCGCGUGGGUGCGACCAGAUUCGACAAGGCUAGCUCGUCGGAGCCGUCCGUGUUCGACUGGUAUAAUCCGCUCACGAUCUGAGCGUCCAGAGCCCUGAUGCAAUGCUGUACAAUCCCAAGUCGAAGGCAGAGUACCGUUAGAAGAGCAGCAUCACAGAAGUGGAGUCGCUGUGCAGCUAACAACGUGGGCAACAUGUAUCCAAGCCUGGGACUUCAAUAUCUGCAAGAAUAACUGGAGCGGUUUUUUGGCAGUCAAUACUGGGGCUUAAAGCCCUGUUGUACAUUCUGUACAUGUGCUGCCUGCGCCCUCUGCUUCGUCAACCAAGGGAGUUGCUUGAGUUACUGCUUCAGUUGCAACAGGUUCCAUCGUCCUCACUGGUUCUGUUUCUUCUUUUGUACGUUGCUUGGUGCUGCUUCGACGCCUUCCAAGUCAGCUUGCUCCUGCCAUCAUCGUCUGAGGGUGCAGAUGGUGGAUGGAGUCACGGCUCGUUCUGCCCUGCUGAGUUCUUUCCUCCGGCUGCACCAGGAUUUUGCUUGGACUGGCUGGGAAAAUGGCUAGUCUAAGAAGUUGUGGUAGUGAAAUGGUGGAUUUUGUGUGAGAUGCUGGUGUGGCUAGGGGACGAAGUCCCUGGUGACCAUCCUGCAUUUUGUGCUGUAGAUAGCUUGUCAAGCUCUUUAAUGAAAUUUGGAGAAAUUUGG